ACUAACAACUAUGAAGUCGCCAUGUACUACAUUGCUUUUAAUAAUUCUAAUGUAUUUAAUACGAAAUUUGCCAGUUAGGGCUGCUGAAACGGCUGCACUGAAAGGGGUGGAGCAUGCAAAUCAAUCGACACUAAAGUUGGCACAUGUGCUUUUUCGUCAUGGCAUUAGAACCCCCGUCAAUACUUAUGCGAAUGAUCCCUAUAAAAAUGGAACAUUCUUUCCAUAUGGCUGGGGUCAUUUAACAAAUGAUGGCAAAAGAGAUCUUUUUGAAAUGGGCAAAUGGUUGGGCCGGCGUUAUCAGGAUUUCGUAGCACUCUACUAUAAACCAGAUCUGGUUUAUGCUAGAUCUACCGCCUCACCCCGCACCCUCAUGUCUAUGGCUACCGUUUUGGCGGGCAUGUUUCCUCCUAGCAAUACACCCAUGGAAUGGAAUCCGAAAAUGGACUGGCAGCCUAUACCAAUAUUCUCCGAACCUUUGGAUAAGGAUAUAACUCUGCGUAUGCAAACUGAGUGCAAAGCUUACACUGAAAUGAAAAAUAAUUUAGAAAACUUUGAAGAUCCUGAAGGCCUAUUUGAACAGUUAACUGAAUUGACGGGAGAUAAUGUAACCAAAGCCGAUGAUGUAAAUUCAAUAUUUAUAACCCUAUGGGCAGAGCAAUUGUAUGGCCUUGAAUUGCCUGAAUGGACUCUAGAUUAUUAUCCCGAUAAAAUGCGUUUUAUGGCCGAGCAAAGUUAUGCCGAUUUAGGUGCUACCACAGAAAUGCAACGCCUCAAAGCAGGACCAUUUCUACAAAGUUUGAUGCAACAAAUGCUGGAUAAAAUUAAUGGCACAUUAAAGCCUUUAGAGAGGAAAAUGUUUUUAUAUAGUGCUCAUGAUUGGACUAUAACCAAUGUUUUGAUUGGCUUGAAGGUGUGGAAGAGGCAAAUGCCAAAUUUUGCUGCUCUCAUAUUAUUUGAAUUGCAUCAGGAUAUGGAUACACAGGAAUAUUAUAUGGAGCUGUAUUACCAAAAUGGUCCCAAAAGCUCGCUGGAACCCUUAACAUUACCCGGCUGUAUCUUCCAAUGUCCUUUAGCUAAGGUUAUGGAAUUACUACAAGAUGUUUUGCCUACGGGAACUUAUGAUGAAAUGUGUGGUAAUGAAUGAGAAUUAAUCAUGGCCGUCUCUGAUUUUUAAGAAUAUGUUAUCAGCUAUUUUCUGUAUUAAAA